GCGGUGUCCGACCGUCCGGCAUUUGUGGCCAGCGUCCGUCCUGCUGCAGAACAAAGAAACUUGGACUUGAGAUGUGCCUCCCUCUGCCCUCGGGGAAAAGACGCGGAAGCGGCUUUUGCAAUCGGCCCUUAGCAGACCUUCCUGCGCGAAAGGCCUAGUUCCUGCGAAGAAUCACACCCUACUUUUGCUGAGAUGCCUGGCAAGAGUGGUGUGGGUUUCCUGGGUGCAGGCGACGCUCCUGGAGGGCUCUCAGUCUGUGAAGUCGGAAUUAUGUAGGGGUCUGUUGCGGUGCUUUGACUUCCUUUGACUGCCUGUUUGGGGAACUGGAGAGUACAGCUUUCGCUGUGGGAGCGCCUUCCAUGCAAUUAAUUGAACAUGCACUCUGCGUUUUAGAGGACAUUGGCUCUCUGGAUUACCAGGAGCUGGCAGUUGACAUUGAGUCCAAAUUGAGGAUGGAAGGUGUGGAACUUAAAGAAGAAUGGCAAGAUGAAGAUUUUCCAAUACCUUUACCAGAAGAUGAUAGUAUUGAAGCUGACAUACUGGCUGUGACUAGACCAGAGAGCGAGCCUGCCUCACUUGAAGUUAAUGGAAAUAAAGUAAGAAAGAAACUAAUGGCUCCGGACAUUAGCCUGACCCUGGAUCCUAGUGAUGGCUCUGUGUUGUCAGAUGAAUUGGAUGAAAGUGGGGAAAUUGACUUAGAUGGCUUAGACACACCAUCAGAGAACAGUAAUGAAUUUGAGUGGGAAGAUGAUCUUCCAAAACCCAAAACUACUGAAGUUAUUAGGAAAGAUUCAAUUACUGAAUACACAGCUACAGAAGAGAAAGAAGAUGGAAGGCGCUGGCGUAUGUUCAGAAUUGGAGAACAGGACCACAGGGUUGAUAUGAAAGCAAUUGAACCUUAUAAAAAAGUUAUCAGCCAUGGAGGAUAUUAUGGGGAUGGAUUAAAUGCCAUUGUUGUGUUUGCUGUCUGUUUUAUGCCUGAAAGUGGUCAACCUAACUAUAGAUAUCUGAUGGACAAUCUCUUUAAGUAUGUUAUUGGCACUUUGGAGCUGUUAGUAGCAGAAAACUACAUGAUAGUUUAUUUAAAUGGUGCAACAACUCGAAGAAAAAUGCCCAGUCUGGGAUGGCUCAGGAAAUGCUAUCAGCAGAUUGAUAGAAGGUUACGGAAAAACCUAAAAUCUCUAAUCAUCGUACAUCCUUCUUGGUUUAUCAGAACUCUUCUGGCUGUCACAAGACCAUUUAUUAGCUCAAAAUUCAGCCAAAAAAUUAGAUACGUCUUUAAUUUGGCAGAACUAGCGGAACUUGUCCCCAUGGAGUACGUUGGCAUACCAGAAUGCAUAAAACAGUAUGAAGAAGAAAAGUUUAAAAAGAAACAAAAAAGAGUUGAUCAAGAGCUUAAUGGAAAACAAGAUGAACCGAAGAAUGAACAGUAAGUUUGGCAUCUAGUCCAAGCAAGACUGAAGAAUGUGCUGAUGAAGCAGUGCUCUUUUUUUGCAUUUAUAAUGCAUUUAUUGACCCUGAUUUUUAUGUAACCUGUUAAAAAAUUGACUUGACUUUUUCUUAAUGGACUUUUGUAUAAAGAACUGUUCACUGCUGUAUUGGCUUGCAAAUCUCUUGAAUUUAGCUCUUUACUAGUAAUUAUGUUAUAAUCAUUUUAUAUUUUAUAUUGCUAAUUAGCAGAGAACCACACUUUAUAUAAAGCCAUUUUUGCAUUUGUUUAUUGAAUGAUGCAUCUUCUUCAGUAAAAUAUUUAUAUGCCUAAAUGGUAAAGGAAAGAGAUAAUAUAUAUUUUUAUGUUUUUGAGCAAUAUUUUUUAAUGUAUACCUGUCUUGUAGAAGAAUAUGCAGGUAAAUAAGACCAUGAUUUUGUACAGUGCAUGUUAGAAUUUUUGUUUUUGUGAAUGGUUAAAUACAUUUCCUGGGUAACUUAGAAAAUAAAGUUGCCCAUAAGGUGAGGGACAGUUAAACUGCCUCUCAUGAAUGCCCAAAGGUUAUGUACACACAAUCUAAGUACAUUAGUUCAUCCUAAGCUUUUUUUCCUCAAUGUAUGUAUUUCUUAAUUCAGAAGUGCAAAUAGAAGUGCAUUGCACACUUUUUUCUCUUUAAAGACAAGUCAGAAAGCCAUUUUAGAACUAGAGGAUUUAAGAGGCCAAGACUUAGGGUUUUGUAUAUAUAUAUAUGUGGGGACAUUUUAUCUCCUGGCCAAAAGUCAGAACUUAUAAAAAUAUUAAGGUUUGUUCACUAAUGUGAAGUAAGCUAUAUGUCCAGGGUAUUGCUGCCCUGAAUUUGUGUGAGUACAGUGUAGUAUUCAGAGAAUGUUAUGAGUUAUUCACUGUCACAACUUUUCUGUGGAAAACAGCAGCUGCUUUUUUUAGCCACUCUCAAGGUGGCACUUCCAAAAUACUGUCAUAUCAGUUGAAAUUGAUAGGUGUUUGACUUAGAUAUGGUAUGUUUUCACAUUUCCUAUUGAAUAAUUUUGAUCACAUUGUAAAUCAAGCUAAUUUUAUAAGUCUUAGAGCAUCUUUAUAUUAAGUUGUUUUGGAUGACACAUUUCAAAUAGACACAUAAACUCCUCUUUUAAUUCAGUAAGUACCUUGACUGCAUUGAAAUAAAUUGUACUUAUGC